AUGACUGCCAACGACAAGUUCAUGGGAUGGGUCGCAGACGGCCCAGACUCCGUCAAGGGCAACCUGACGUUCAAGGGUGAGCACUCAGCCUAAUAGAGCCGUGACCGGUCUCGUCGACACACUGCAUGCUCACUCUACCUGUACCUGUUCUUCCCUGACAGAGUUCACGCCCAAGAACUGGACCGAGACUGACAUUGAGCUGGAUGUCAUUGCUUGCGGUGUAUGCGCGUGAGUGUGCAACAUUGCGGUAGGAGCUGCUCGAUGAAUGGUCGACAGACAACUCUGACUCCUUUCUUGCUCGCACUCGCACAGGUCCGAUAUUCACACCAUGCGUAAUGGCUGGGGUCCAGCAGACUUCCCAACCGUUGUGGGACAUGAGAUUGUCGGCAAGGUGACUCGCGUGGGAAAAGAAGUCGAUGACCCCAUCCAAGUGGGCGAUGUGGUGGGCAUCGGUGCCAUCACCGACAGUUGCAGAAAGUGCGAGCUCUGCAGGAGCGACAGGCAGUCUUACUGCCACGUUGGAGCUACCAACACAUACCAAGGCAACUACCCGUGAGUUGUCAUCGCGUAUCGUUUUGUCAUCUUUGUCAGCACUGUCAUCCUCCUACUCACCAUGGCUUCCCUCCCUCUCUCUCUCUGUGUGUAUGCAACCAGCGACGGAUCUGGCAAGUCGAUGGGAGGCUACGCACUCAAGUGGCGCGGUUCAGCCUACCUCGCCAUCAAGAUUCCCGACGGUCUCGACCCAGCGCUGGCCGCACCCAUCAUGUGCGGAGGCGCUACCGCUUACUCGCCCUUGCGCGACUAUGGCGUUGGAGGACCGGAUGGGAAGCGCGUGGCGAUCAUUGGUAUCGGUGGCAUUGGCGCAUUCGGCAUCGCGUUCGCCAAGGCGCUUGGAGCAACGGAUAUCGUCGCCAUCUCCUCUACAGCUAGCAAGAAGCAAGAAGCCCUAAAGUUGGGAGCGACAGACUUUGUGGCGUGGAAGGAUGAAGGCGAUGAGGCGUCUAAAAAGUACAACAGGUUCUUCGAUGUCAUUCUCAACACUGCUGCGAACACGGAAUCUCCCUUCGACAAGUACGUGAUGAUGUGCAGACCCAGAGGUCAUGUGGUCAACAUUGCAGCUCCCGAAGGUCCUUGGCCUGCCAUCCCUGCUUGGCCAAUCCUCUUCUCUGGAGCAAACAUUGGCGGAAGCGCAAUAGCUGGCAAGGCUCAGCUCAAGGAGAUGCUGGAAAUGGUCAGGGACAAGAAACCUGAAUUGAUGAUCGAAAAGCGGUCUCUCAAGGACACCAAUCAAGUCGUGCAGGACAUGGUCGCUGGCAAACCUCGCUUCCGGUGAGUCGUAGUGCCUCCGUUGAGCCUGGCGUUAGGAGAAGUGGCAGAAGAUAUAGACUGACCUUCUCAUUUGCUCACCGCUGCCCCCCUGAUGCUCCCUUCAGCUAUGUGCUCGUCAAUGAUGAGGCGCCAGCUGCCUGA